CCGCUCCCGUGUGCCAGGCUGGACCAGCCCGGCCGGGAAGUGUGGCCCACGUUAGGGCCCCGGCUAAGCCCAGGGUCGCUGCGAGCUGAGGGCAUCGCCAACCCUCUCCAGCCCCAGGGCUAAAGGGACAGCCCUCCUCGCCGGGAGCUGAGCGCGGGCGGCAGUCCAGCGCGGCCCGCCCUCCGCCGCAGGAGGAACCGGUUCUGAAUCAGCCCCGCGGAGGCACGAGGCUGCGCCUUCCCGGCCCUGCCCCUCCCCCGGCCUUGGCUCGGGCCGCUGGCGCCGUCCUCACUGCGUCCAAAGGCAGCCGGUCCCCCAGCUCCCCCUGCGCAGACCCGCCAGCCGCUCCCGCAGCCUGGCUGACCCCGGACCGGCCUUCCGGACGACCCUCCGACUGCCCACGCCCCGUGUCCGCCCGGGGGACAGGGCGGCGGCCGCGGGGCCUCGGGGCGGGGGCGCGGCGCCGGCUGCUGGGACCGUGCGACCCCCGGCCUGUGUCCCACGGGCGAGUGUCAACACAGGAGCCGCACCCAGGGGAAGCCGGCGGCCGGGGCCGGCCACGUGCCCGCGACCCCGCGGCGACGGCCGGGCGCCGUGACGUCAUCAGCAGGCGCCGCGCGCCCGGCUGGAGCCGGAAGUGCCGCGGUCGCCGAGCCACGUGCGGACCCUCCCUCAGCCCAGCCGGCGGGGCGUCGGGUCCCUGGCGCCGCCGAGAGCCACACCAUGAGCUUCGUGGGCUACGAGGAGCUGAUCAAGGAGGGCGACACCGCCAUCCUGUCGCUGGGCCACGGGGCGAUGGUGGCGGUGAGCGUGCAGCGCGGGGCGCAGACCCAGACGCGGCACGGCGUCCUGCGGCACUCGGUGGACCUCAUCGGCCGCCCCUUCGGCUCCAAAGUGACCUGCGGCCGCGGCGGCUGGGUGUACGUGCUGCACCCCACGCCCGAGCUCUGGACCCUGAACCUGCCGCACCGCACCCAGAUCCUCUACUCCACCGACAUCGCCCUGCUCACCAUGAUGCUGGACCUGCGGCCAGGCUCUGUGGUCUGCGAGUCCGGCACGGGCAGCGGCUCUGUGUCCCACGCCAUCAUCCGCACCGUGGCGCCCACGGGCCACCUGCACACGGUGGAGUUCCACCAGCAGCGGGCGGAGAAGGCGCGGGAGGAGUUCCGGGAGCACCGCCUGAGCCGCUGGGUGACCGUGCGCAACCAGGACGUGUGCCGCAGCGGCUUCGGCGUGAGCCACGUGGCAGACGCUGUCUUCCUGGACAUCCCGUCGCCGUGGGAGGCCGUGGGCCACGCCUGGGACGCCCUCAAGGUUGAAGGUGGGCGCUUCUGCUCCUUCUCGCCGUGCAUCGAGCAGGUGCAGCGCACGUGCCAGGCGCUGGCAGCCCGCGGCUUCUCGGAGCUGAGCACUGUGGAGGUGCUGCCCCAGGUGUACAGCGUGCGCACCGUCAGCCUGCCCCCGCCCGACCUGGGCGCCGCCCCCGGCCCUGACCCCGGCCCCUUCCGCAGCGGCGCACCCAUGAAGGAGGCCGUGGGCCACACUGGCUACCUGACCUUCGCCACCAAGACCCCGGACUAGCGGGCUGCCCGCCAGGAGGCCGAGGAGUGGGUGGCCUGGGCCAGCAGAGAGGCUCGCGCUGCGGCCGCCUUAUAUGGCCGGGUGCCUGCUGGGCCUGUUUAGACAGAUGGUGGGGUGGGGCCUCCUCAGGGCCCUGGGGGAGGGGGGCCUCCACCCAGCCCAGUGUCCCUGUCCAGCUGCUGCUCUUUGCCUCUCGAAGCCCCACAGCCACGGGCUCCUCUGGGUCCGAGCCCAGGCAUGAGGUGGGGGCCCCAGGCAGGGAAGGAGGUGGGGGAGCAGAGGCUGAAGGGGGGCAGGAAGCACCCGCCCUGAUAUUCCUGUCGCCUGGUGCAGUGGACCCCCGGCCCCCGAGGCCCAGCUCCCAUGAACCCUACCCUGGGCCCUGCCCACCCUCCCCAGCGCUGGUGGGCCAGCCUGGCCCAGCCACUAGGGAGAGGCGGCCCCGCCUUGUUCCGUUGUUUGCUGCACACCCUGUCCGUCUGUCCCAGGAACAGCCCCGCCCGCCUCCUCUGCCUGCUGGGAGCUGCCUUCUGCUCUGGGACACAUGGCCUCCAUUACCUAGGAGCCUGGGUGGGUGUGUCUGCCCACCAGCCGGGCUUGGAACCGUAGGAACCCCUGUUGCUCAACCCCAGGAUGGAGGGCAGGACACCAGGGCCGGGGCACAUGUCACCUGCCUGACCUGGCCUCCAGCUCUGGGUGUGGCUGGCAUCCCUGCCCCUGCACACGGGCCUGGCAUCUGCCCCAGCCCCGGGACCAUGCGCACAGCCCGCCUGGUGGAGAAUAAACACGCGCCCUGCCCUGCACACUGACUGGGUCCUGUGUCCUGGAGGCCAGAGCCCCUCCCCCACACCAGCGCCCAGGCUGGACCUCCGCACGCAGCCCAUCUGCCCUGAUGCUUCCUGUUGCAUAGUAGGCACCACAGGGCCCUGGACGACUGGGACAAAGGACGAGUGUGUGGCCACCCCCACCGGCUGCAAAAAGGGCCACUUGUCCCCAGGACCGGAGGGGGAGGAGGGAGGAGAGAGCAUGUCCAACUGUGUCCCAGAGCUCUGACCCCUCCCCCAGGCCCCCCUGCCUCUCACUCAGAGAUGCUUUGGUGUCUCAUGCUCCCUGAAGAGCCCCGAGACCUGCCAUCUGACCUGAGGCCAUCCCCAGGUUUUGUGGGGCCUUAGCGCCAGGGGGACCUGCAGGAGGAGCAGUUUCCUAGUGUCUGUCCGGAGGCUGGUGGCUUCCCCGAUACCACAUGCUGUGCAGUCUCCGAGAGACCUUUGUCCCCUUGGGGUCCUUGGAACCAGCACCCUUUCCCAGGGGCUUAGCCCGUGUCCAGGACCUGCCCUGACCUCAGACCCGAUGCCCAGCUGGGGACUGGCUGUGGGGCUCCAGCCCUCAGCUCCGGGCCGACUCCUGUGCACCUGCAAGGCUCUCGGGUGCCUUCUCGGGCCUCCCUUCCCGCCCUGAGCGGGAGCGUUCUGCUCAGCCACCCCCCACUUCCCCGCAUCCCGUGCUGUGCUAUGUGGUCACCCCAGGGCCAGGGAGUGAGCAAUUGUCAGGUCAGGGGCAGUCACCUUGAGUCAGCAGCAUGGGGCUGGUCACACAGCGAGGGUUCAUCCCGUAACUCCACUCCCUGCCCAGACACUGUGUGGCCCUGCUUUUCCUUGGAAAUUUCUGCACUGCCCCACCCUGCGGAGUGGCCCGGCGCCACACCCAGCUUCCUCCACUGCCCUUGAGGCUCAGACCGCCCCCCAGGGCCCGGGCAGGAUCCCACCCUCAGGCCAGAGUCAGAGUCUACCUGCAGGGACACCAGCUCCCACCGCCUACCGCCUUCCCCAGGGAGCCCCACCCAGGCUGGCCCUCAGCCCCUGCCCUUGCUGGACUGCUCUCUCCUGCCGGUCCUCCAGGCCACACCUGCUCUCCUGCCUCUGGCUGUGAGCAGGUGGUUAGCACAGAGCCCAGGCCGAGGGAGGAUGCUCCUGCCCACUGCACAGGGAGAAACUGAGGCACAGAGGAGAUUGGACUCACUGGGCUCCAGGCCCCGCCCACCAGGCCUCCCAUAUCACACACUCCUGCCCUGUGAGGUCCCCCGGGCUUUGACCACGGACAGAGGGAGAGGUUUCUGCUGGAUUCCCCGAGACUCAGAGGCCUUGGCAGCCAGGCGGGUCUGGGGGCUGCUGGAAAUUGGAGUGGGGGGAGCAGGAGGCCCUCCCAGGAAGGUGUGAGCUGGGAUCCUCAGGCAGGUCACCCAUUGGGCCCAGGCAGUCGGGAGAAGUCCAUGCUGGGAGCAGAGCAAGGAGCAGGGGCGUGGGAACACUCAGGUGGGCCUCACCAGGAGGCAGCCAGACCCCACUCCGCCCUCGGGAUGCCUGCCUGAUCACACCCGCCCGCUGGCACGGCACGAUGGCGCUGGGAGGUUAUUCCGUCCAUGUGGGCUCAGCUUGUGCUCGGGGAACCUCUCUGAUUACCAUCCCUGGUGGGGCUCGGCUGCCACCGCCGGGAAGCCCCCAUUCUCUGUCAAAUUCCAAGGCCAGAAUCUUGGGGCUCCUUCUGGGUCUGAUAAUACCUUUUGUCCUUUGAGGCACUCGGGUAGCUCUUGCGUCAGGGGUGUUUGAAUAGUUCAUCGGGAAACCGGGAGAGGAGAUUGGACGAGGAGACUUGUCUGGCAAAUGCAGGUCAUCUGGUCACUGUGCUUACAGUCAGUUGCAUAAUAAAACCCCAAACUGGAAA